GCAACAGCAGCAGAAGCAGCAGCGGCGACAGCGACUGCAGCAACAACGACGAUGACAAUUGUGGUGUUCCUGAUUGAUUCGAGCGCCUCAAUGGCGCAACGGACGUACCAGGGCACGACAAUGCUCGAUGUGGCCCGCUCGAUCGUGGAACUCCUUCUCAAGGUAGCAGCAGCACCGAACCUCGCCACACUUCGCACCAACAGCUAA